AUGGGUUUUAACACUCCAGUUUCUGCCAUUUUUCUCGCUGUAAACCUCCUCUUUUUCGCUUUUGUUACUUCCUCAAGUGCACAAUCAGUGCCAACCCCAAGCCCUUCGCCUACUUGCAGCAUAAAUAACCUUCAGGUUAAAGGCCUGUGCGCCAAGUUCUUGCUUCCGGGGUUACUGAAUAUCACCGUGACAGUUCCUCCAACCUCCCCGUGCUGCUCCUUGAUUAGUGGCUUAGCAAAUAUUGAGGCGGCUGCAUGCCUUUGCACAUCCCUUAAACUCCCACCUCCUAUUACCUUAAACAUCAAUGCCACUUCUCCCGUCAAUUCGGUCCUUAGGGGCUGUGGAAAGAAUUCCCCUCCAAACUUCACUUGUGUGGUCUGA